AUGGCGGACAAGAAGAAGGUAUUACUGCACGUGUACGACGUCACCAACAGCCCCGAUCCGAACGUCAACAACACCGUGCUUCGCAUCAACGGCGUCGCGCGAAGCACGCUGGGGAUCGGAGGAAUCUUCCACGGCGCCGUCGAGGUGUUUGGAGAGGAAUGGUUGUUCGGUUACUGCGAGCGCGGGUCAGGCGUGUUCAGCUGCCGCCCUAAAACGAACCCCUACUACAGCUACCGCGAGACAGUCGACAUGGGGGAGACCAAGCUCAGCGCGAAACGAGCGGGGCAGAUCAUAGCUGAGAUGAGCGUGCAGUGGCCUGGGGUGUCGUAUGACAUGCUCGGGCGAAACUGUAACCACUUUUGCGACGAGCUUUGUGUUAAGCUGGGCGUUGGGCCCAUUCCAGCGUGGGUCAACCGGUUUGCUCGAACAGGCGAUUCUGCAGCUGAGCUUUAUGAUCAAGUGGGACAACAGGUUGCUGCUCUGCAGGAGUGGGGCAGCGGCACCUACAACUACUUGUUUGGUGCAGGAAAUUCAGCUGCCGCUGCUUCUUCUACUAAUGUUGGUGAUGCUGCUGGUGCUCCUGCUGCUGGUGCGGAAGCAGCUCCAGAAACUUCUAAGAAGGUGACCAGGGAUGAUGUGGCCAAAGCAGCAGAGAGCCUCGUGAAGCAAGCCGUCAAGGUUGCAAUCUUCUGGGCAGCGUCCUCUCCCCCCAAGGCAGCAGAAGCCGCCCCGCUGCUCUCCGAUUUCCACGACUCGUUUGUGGCAUCCAUGCUGCUGCUGCACGCCUGCAGUGCUGGCGCUGCUGCCACGUGGCAUGCUGCCAUUCGCUCAGCUGCGGAGGGUAUCGUGUCCGCCGCGAGUGCUCUGCUAGACACUGCUUUGACCACGACAAAUGCCAAUCAGCGAGCUCAGCUGCUCCCCAGGCAGGUGGGUGUGCUGCAGUCAGCAUAUGCAGCACUGAAGAAGCUUCCAGUAAGCAACGAGGCGGCUGUGGGUCGGGCACUGGUGACCGUUGCUGCAUCGAUGAAAGAUGUUGCCAGGGAGGUGGGAGAGAUGGUUGGAAGAGAAGGGGUCGAGAACGGUGCUGUGGGGGAGGAGAAAGGAGAUGCUGUGGGGGAGGGAAGCGCUGAGGAAGGCAAAGGGCUUCAAGGAAAAACUGUAGCCAACGAAAGGAAGGCUGUUUGUGAUGAUGAAGAGGAGGAGGAUGGUGAUGGUGAUGAGGAUGAGGAUGAGGAUGAGGAGGAAGAGGAGGUGAGUUUGGGCGAGGAGGAGAGGGAGUUGGCACAGAGUGGUUUGCGAGUGUCUGUGGCAGCAGAAGGGGCGAUUCGGUAUGUGGACGAGAUAGGUGCAUCUCUCUUCCCGCCUCAAGAGCCCGGCACCAUUCGCAUGCGAGCACAGCAGCUGCUAGGUCGAGCGAGAGAAUUGAAGUCACUGCUGCCGCUGGCACCAGCAGGAGAAACAUCGGGGAAAAUCAAAGCAGCGGAUUCAGGGUGUGCCAGUGUUGCUGCCACUGAUGCUGCUGGUGAAGGGAAUGGAGGAGAGGUGGGGAAAAAGGGUGUGGGGAAAGAGGGGAUGAGCGUGAGUAAGUUGCAUGAGGCGAUUGGGGAGAUGGAGAGAGAUAUAGGUGCACUGUUGCAAGUGGUGGGAGAGGGGAGCAGUGAGAGGGAGGUGGUGGAGGAAGAGGGAGCACAGGGGAUAAGGGAAGGGAGGAAGGAUGAGAAGGUUACUGGUGUAACUGCUACAAUAGAGAACUGUAGUUUAGAUGAUUGA